AUGCGUCUUCAUAUCCUUUCAAUUCUACUCUUGCCAAUUGUGACGUCAUCUCUAAGAUUAUGUUUUGAUAAAUCUCCGAACAAGUCGUUGUUUGCUCGGCCACUGAUAUCACUCAGAAAUCUGAGCUUGGACAAAUGUUUCAGUGCUUGUCUGGAAAUGCCAAGGGAAACAUGCAAAUCAGUCACAUACACGAAAAAAACCAUGAACUGCCAGUUAAACGGAAAAUCGAAACAAGACGUGAAAACUGUGAAGAACCCGAUGUCAGACUUUUAUCAUAGAACGUGUUUCGACAAACCAAGUGUCGCAAUAAGGAGGGAUACUGUAGCAUCAGAGUCUGGAUGUUUUACAUCUACACCUGGAAAGGUUUUGAUUGGAAUUGUUGAUCAACUUGUCCGCGACGUGGCCACUGUGAAUGAUUGUCAAGCUCAAUGCAGUAACAGUCAGACCAAGUACGAUAUUACAUGCAAAAGUGCAAUGUACUAUGAAAAAGACAAAGAAUGUAUUUUGGCUUCACAAUCGAAAGCGGAUAUUCCUGAUUUGUUCAUUGAUGAUGACAAAUCUCUGUAUCUUGAAAAUAGUUGCCUCGAUAAAUCUGAUAAAUCAGUGGUUGUCAAAACUUCGGAUAUUUUCAAAGGAUCUUCGAAGUUUUCUGAAAAUGAAUCUUCUCGUUCUGACGGAGAACUGGAACCACUGAAAACGGAAAAGACUACACUUUCGUCAAUUCUCUCAUCAUCUACACACAUGGACAUUCAAUUAUCCGGAUACGAAGGACCAUCUGACUCUGUGAGUAAUCAGAAUCGAGAAGAUCUUCUCACUACAAAACCAACAACCACUACAACUACAACUACCACAACCACUCAAAAACCGAUUGCUCCAAAAGUUAUUGACAAUUACAAUGUGGUGAACACACCAAAAACAGAAUACGGAAGACGAUUGAGAGACACAAGAGUGAAAUCUUGUUUUAGAGAAAUUCGUCCAAUGGGAAAAAUGGAAGCAUUACGAGUGGUUAAAGCUUAUUCACUGGAACAAUGUACUGAUAUGUGCAGACUUUGCACUAAAUGCUUGGUAAAGCAGAAGAAAUGCCAAUCUGUGGCUUUUGAUAUUUCACGCGAGCUCUGUGCACUUGCCUCGAAACGAUUGUCGGAUGGUGGUUCAUUUACUGAUGACAUCAUUUACCACAACCGAAUGGAUUGUUGAUUUUCAGAUUCUUUUUCAAUUUCUAUAUUCUCCAUUUCCUCCAACUGCCAAAUAUUUUCAUUUUACAUCUCUUCAGUGUUUUCGUUGAUUCCAUUUCACUUUAAUUGAAAAAAAAACUUCCCACAACUGACACAAAUCCAUAAAAUGUGAAGAGCAUAUCUCUUUGUUGU